AUGCUACGGCGGUCGGCCGCUUGCACAACCAGACGUAAUGCUGUCUUCGGUCAUGGGCGGGCACCGCGCCGUUGCCGCUUUGUUGUAGUUGCAGCAUUACGAGAUGAUGUCCUACUGCGAAGCCUGUCAACAAAUGCUGAGGUAUCCGUGCUCGUCGUGGACGGCACUAAGCUCGUUUCCGAGGCCCAAGUGCGCCACAAGCUGGCUCCCACCGCGACCGCCGCGCUGGGCCGCUCCCUGCUCGGGGCCCUGCUGAUGGGCUCCUUCCGGAAGGAAGAUGAGCAGGUGCAGAUCACUUUUCAGGGUGACGGUGAGGCGGGCUCCAUCCUGGCCAUUGCUGACACGCGGGGCAAUGUGAAGGGCAAGGUUAACAACCCGGCAGCGGACCCGCCCCUCCGUCCCGAUGGCAAGCUUAAUGUGGGCGCUGCCGUGGGGAAAGGGGUCCUUGCGGUUGUUCGCAGUCACCCCCUGGAGCCCCAGCCGUACACUGGUAUGGUGCCGAUCGUGUCGGGGGAGGUGGCGGAGGACCUGGCCAACUACCUGGUGGACAGUGAGCAGACCAACUCCGCUCUGGGUUUGGGCGUGUCUCUGGACCGGGACUGCCGGGUGAAGAGCGCCGGAGGGUGGCUGGUUCAGAUCCUGCCCUUCUGCAGUGAGGAGACGCUCGCCCAGCUGGAACAAAACCUGACCACCAUGCCCACAAUCACUACCAUGCUGAACGACGGCAUGAGUGUGCAGGACAUCACAGCACGCAUUCUGGACGGCCUAGGCGUGCUGCCAGACGGCCAGACUGUCAUGCCCAAGUACGGCCCGUGCGAGGAGGAAGCGCUGAAGAAGCGCAUGAUCCGAGCCGUCGCGGCACUGGGCAAGCAGGAGGUCGCCGACAUCAUCAAGCAGGAAGGGAAGCUGGAGGUCACGUGCGACCUGUGCCAACAAACGUACCAAUUCAGCCAACAGGAGAUCGACAACUACAUCGAUGGGAAUGAGGAACUGCAAGAGGUGGAGCAUGAGACAACCGUGCAGGCGUAA